AUGAUUGCUGAUGCGGAAUGGAGUGAAUUCGCUUCUGUGGAACUUGACGAUGCCUUCAUUGAGUCCUACAUUAGGAACGGAGGGACCGCACGCGCCAGCAGCGGUGACGAUGCAAGUCGAGACGAAUCUCUUCGCAGUGGGAGUGCCAGCAUGGAAGAAAUUUGGGGGGAAUGCUCUAUGCAGAGCGUAUGUGACGGCUUUGUGCGUAACUUUCUUACCGACGACACGAUGGGCACGCUACAUUACCUGCUGAAGGACUGCGAUAGCUCGUUGAAAGAUAUCGCCGAUAUUUUGCACCGCUUCAUUAGUAGUCUUGACACCACCAGGCAGGGUAUUGAGGACGUGCGUCAGCAACUCCAUCGAGUGAUGCUUCAGCAUGGCAACGCGACUUCAGCAGGUCGUGCUGUGCGGACUGUUUUGCAGCGUUUGCUUGUGUCUCCUCAGGUGGUGCGAAUCAUUACCCAGGGGGGUGAGGAGGAGCUAGGUCCACAAUUCAAACACAGCGUGCAGGAAUUGUUGUGUAUUCUCAGAAAAAGCAGAAGGUACACCAAUAUUCUCCUUGUAAAGGAAGACAGUGGUUGCUACACUGCCGUUCCUGCUGGUGCCAGUGCCAUCCCUGUUUUGGCGGACGCUGGUAACAGAGAAACUGUGCAGGUACCGUUGCUCGAAUUCAAAAUGUACCAUGAGCAGAUUGAACUGCUUAAUCGCCUGACGGUGCUUGCAUGUACGAAAGCGAAGCGGUUCCUCGCGAAGAAAAUUGCCCUGCUAAGCGUGAAGAACACCAAUGUGUCCAUUCAACAGGAACACAUCUUGAAACCAACAACCUUUUACUCCCGUUUGAUAGACGAGGCGGUCACACUUCUCUGUCCCUCUAAUGUGGGCGACAUGAGUAAUCAAACGAACCCGGAGUCUCCGGCAUCGUUGCCUUACUGUAUCGUUAAGGCUCUGCAUAGCGAACUGCGUCGCGACUACUACGACAUUAUGUCCAAACUCUAUCUGGAGCGCAUUUGUCAUUAUGUGAUGACGCUUAAUUUGAUGGAGAAUACGGCUUCGACAGCGAACAAAACCGCACCUCACAAAGUGUCUGCGGUUCCGUGGGUCAAUGAACUACCGUUAAUUACAGACGACGAGGCUCCCAGUUCACAAUCGGCCUUUGAGCUGGGUGAGCGUGCCGUAAUCCUCCAGAAUGUCUUUGCUCCGCCGCUUGUGCCGACUGUUGAGCAGGCGAAGUGGCGCUUACACUCGUACGAGGAGACAUUUCGCUCACUGAACAUACUGCUGUGCGACGCUGUCACCCACGAGUUCAUAUUCACCUUCACUUUUUUUUCGGGAGACAUGUCUGUAUUCGUGGAUGUGUUCAAGCCAACUAUACAGUUUAUCGUGGAUUAUGUAGCCGAGGUGUUGUUAGCACAGAACACCAAUAAUGGUGUUUGGCGUGGUUUGCAUGAACAAUACCCCCAGACCGCCGUCAACACGGUAUGCGGCAAUGAUUGCUAUGGAUUGCUUAUUUUGAUACGGUUAUGCCAUGAUUUCAAUUCGCUCAUGAAGGAUGUGCGGAGGUUAUGCUGUUUGGAGGGGUUUUACGACUCGCUGCUGCUGCAGUUGUGGCCUUCAUUCCAGCAAACUUUCGAACGCCAAGUACGAGCACUUCGCCUGGCUGACGUUCCCACCCUAGCGGACUCCUUUCUUAGGGCAGAGGAUAAGCAAGGAGUAAGUGACUGGGUGGCACGCAUUCAUCCAUUAAUAAAGCAUUACGCGGCAUUUACCAAAGCACUUGUCACCAUUACCAGCGGAUGCGGCUUCAACGGUAGUGAUACAGAGGAGGGGUACGCGAAGGCAACGGCGCUGGCUAAUCAAUCAGUGCAAAAAGAUAACGCUGAUGGCAACGGUGCGACCGCAAGUGGUACCACUGGCGUGGGCGGCGAUGGAAACAAAAACAUUUCUUCUGAGGAUGACGUGGGUUUCGAAGAGCUGCAACAGAUUGCUUGGCGAAUCAUUGAAGAGGAACGAGCUAGUGACAUGGCGGACAGUUCAUCACGCUUUGCCGUCCUAGCAGGCAAUCUUUCCUUUCUUCGCGUUGAAGUUGAACGUUUGCUCUGUAGUGUCACCGCACAGCUAUUGGAAACCAGUCGUUGUGAUCCCGAUCAGCGGGAGCACCGGAACCUCGCUUUCCUACAGAAUAAUGUGCGCUAUAUUCUCAAUGAGUGGCAAGAAGCUAUCCGGAACGGUGGUGCACCAAUGCUUGGCCCAGACUAUUCCGCAUUGGAAGAACUUGAGAAGACCUUGCGUAGCGGAUUGGUACUUUCAAUUAUGAAACACCAUUUCCCGCUCAUUAAUCGUGUCCUACAAAACGAUGAACACAUCGACGUGCUAGCCGUAGCAGAGGUCUUUCACCAUAAGUGGAGGAUCGAGCUUGAGGAAUUGUGCAGAAACGUUCGGUCGCUGCUGCGUGACGAGAAGUGUAAAGAGGAGUUGCUGGCUCAGGUUUGCACAGAAGUGUUGCUGUGGAAUACACGUUUUAUUGCUUGCCUUUCAAAGGCAACUGAUGAUGCUGCAGCUAGUGGUGUCUCUACUCCAUCAUCUUCAUGUUUUACUGUAACUAACCAGCAGAUGAUACAGCAUAUACGCACUCUCGCGGCGAUAGCGGAAAGCAAAGAUGAUGAUGAGGAGGGAUAG